GUCCUCUCGCCCUUCUCAAUAUUCCUGUCAUGCGCAUUACGCCAUGCAAUCUGACCACUCACUGCCGUCAUGGACAAGCGAAUCUCCGGCAGGACGAUGGAACAUAGCCGGCGAUCGCGAUAUCCCGAAUAGACAAAGUUAUACUCUCGAAGAAGUCAAAAACAAAAUGGAUAAUUAAAUGGGUUACUGCCAAGAUUUUUUAACAGCCUGAUACGAAAAGCCAGUAGAAGAAGGAAUUGCAAGUCAACAGUUUUAUGGUGGAAGGAAGUUUGUGUAGUUGCGUAGCUGGGGAACAUAAUAGGAAACCGGGGAGGGACUGCGGGAAGCGACCCAAAGCGGAGGACAAAACAACAUAUAAAACCGCAACAGAAUAGCCGCCAUGGAGGACUUUGGGUCGGCACUGGAGAAGAAUGUGGCCGACCUGACGGUCAUGGACGUGUAUGACAUAGCGGCCGUGGUGGGCCAGGAGUUCGAGCGGAUCAUUGACCAGUAUGGCUGCGAGGCUCUGUCCAGACUGAUGCCCAAAGUGGUUCGUGUACUGGAGAUACUGGAAGUGAUGGUGAGCCGCAACAGCAUCCUUCCAGAGACCGAGGAACUCCGUCUGGAGCUGGACAAACUUCGCCUAGAACGGAUGGAUCGCAUGGAGAAGGAGAAAAAGCACAAAAAGGAGCUGGAGCUGGUGGAGGAUGUGUGGAGAGGAGAGGCCCAGGACCUCCUCACCCAGAUAGCCCAGCUACAGGAGGAGAACCAGUCCCUCCUCAGCAACCGGUCCAUCAAAGACCCCCUGAGCGAGGAGGACUUGCAGAGACAUGAAGGUAUGACGGAGCGGGAGAGGCAGGUGAUGAAGAAGCUGAAGGAGGUGGUGGACAAGCAGCGGGACGAGAUCCGCGCCAAGGACCGCGAGCUGACCCUGAAGAACGAGGACGUGGAAGCGCUCCAGCAGCAGCAGAACCGGCUGAUGAAGAUCAACCACGACCUGCGCCACAAGAUCUCCGUGGUGGAGGCCCAGGGCAAGGCGCUCAUCGAGCAGAAGGUGGAGCUGGAGGCCGGCGCACAGGCGCGGGGACAGGAAGUGGGCGCGCUGCGACAGGAAGUGACACGUUUGAGGGAGCGACUGCAAGGGGUCGCCCCCGGCGCCGAGGCAGAGGAGGAGCGGCCGUCUCUCUCGCCAACGCAGCGCGCGGCUAACCCGGCUGUGCUGAGCCGGGCUGAGGCUCUGGCCUUGUUACACCCACCCAGAGACGAGGACCCCCAGACCCCCGUGAUGGCGGCGGUGGGGGGGUACCCGCCCGCCCCUCGACCCCUCUGUGUCUCCCUGAGCCCCGGGAGUCAGGAGGGAGGCGAGGAGGAGGAGGGCGGGGAGGAGGAGGAAGAGGCGGUGUUGCUCUGGGAGGCGAUGUACCAUGAGGACAUGCCUGCUGUGUUCGAAUAUUUCACAAAGGAGGCUCAGGGGGAGGAGGAGGCGGCGGGCCUGGACCAGAAGGACCCCAACCGGCCGCGCUUCACCCUGCAGGAGCUCCGGGACGUCCUCCACGAGAGGAACGAGCUCAAGGCCAAGGUGUUCCUGCUGCAGGAGGAGCUCGCUUACUACAAGAGCGAAGAGGCUGAUGAUGAGGAGAUGACCUCGUCUCCCUCCCCUUCUCCUGAGCCCCGAGGUCGCGGCCGCUCCACCCCUCAGCCGGAGUCGGGAAUCAAACGCCUGUUUAGCUUCUUCUCGCGCGACAAGCAGCGCCGUGGCGGCCAUUUUGACGGUGAUGGCGGCGUCACUGUCGGGGUCGGGCCUUGGGGUGGGCCAGGAGACACGUACACAGAGCAGGCCCAGGAGGCUCUGCAGCACAUAUAGUCCCAUCUGAAGACCCCAAGGGCCUUAUUCACCUUUAGCAGCAAGCUGCGCUCUAACCGCUAGCAUUGACUGCGCGUUCAGUUCCCCCAAAGAAGGCUUCAUGGGAAAGCUCCCCCUAAAACAAAAAGGACUUCCUGUCAUCACUAAAAGGCAUUGCUGUGUUCUGCUUGCGACUAGAUGAUAGAUGGAAUUGCUGGAUGGUUGGAGGGAUGGGGAUGACACACAGAUCAGCAAAGAGGGAGCUUAUCCAACGAGGGUCAUUUUGAGAAUGUGAUCAAACGUGUGGAACUGAGAGAAUUAAUAUAAGAAGACAUGUACGCAUGUACGCACAAUAAGAUUCCUUAAAUCCGAAGGAGGGAGUUGAGACUUUAACAGACUCAACAGAUGAGAGUUUGUGAGCACUAAAUUGGGGGAAACAAGCAUGUUGCGGAACCCAGAACUUAUUUAUUUUUGUCUCAACAUUUACCAGCCGAGAAUAAUUCCAUCAUUAGCUUUGAUUGUGAUAGUCAGUCAUUUGCGAUGCUACACUGUGCCAUUACAAAGCCACAGGCAUGUGCUGUUGCUCUGAUUAUUUAAAGCAAUAGUUUUAAUGAUCUCCCAAUUAUAUUAAUCACACAAAACUUAUAUUACAAUAUUCUGUCCGAUGACUGGAACACAUUUUCUUUUAUAACAGCAAUUAGUAAUUUUGUAAAAAAAAAAAAAAGUUUACAUUAUCAUGUCAAUGAAGACUAACACUAUUUAAAACUGACUAAUAUACGAAUUCAUAUACAAAAUUAUCCCAUGUACAUUUCUUCCCACCCUGACAAUUAAUGAAGUGAAUUUUUUUUUUUUACGUCAACACUUGUUUCUUAUAAGCAUAUUUUACAUUAACAUUUUCAUAUGACAGAGGACUAUGGUUUCCUAUAUAUUUAUUUUAAAGUGAGUUUUUAGGGUUAGUUUAGGCAACUCCCUCCUCCCCAGCAACUUAGUUGGCCCGCCGUUUGUAAGAACAUGAACAUGAUCAUAUUGAAAGAAUCACACUUUAACCAGAAAAGGCUGUGUUCAAAACGUUGCAAAUUAGCCUAGCCGCUACAUUUGGACAUUUUGACGUGGUUUAAAAACAAUUUCCCUGUAAGUAGUCACGCCCGUAAUAAUAAAGUGAGGUUUAGUUUUGACAUUCACGUAAAAAAGUCCUUCACCCAUUGUUUCAAUCGAUGAGCUAAAAAAUAUCAUCUUAUGUACUAUAGAACCGGAUCUAGUGAAACCAUUAUGGGAAUUGUUUCUGAAUGCAUACUGAAGCUGAAUGGAAAUGUGAGAAUAUCUCCCGAUGGUUACUUAGGCUGCCCAGUUGAAUAUGUAUAUGCAAUAAAAUAAGUAUAUUUAA